CAUGCAACAGUUGCGAACGCAAUGUGAAAGAAAGCGACUAGAAGAGUUGGUUACCGGGAAACCAGCGCAAGGGUCACCGAACCCAGUCCCAGCAUUCAAUCCAGAGGAAUAUAAGAAGACACUUGCUGACUGGAAUUAUUCACGUAAUGCUCCGCCACAGGAUAAACCGCCGAAUUACGGAGAAAAAGUCCCCUUACAAAAGCUGACAAACGGCGGAUUUGUCAUGAAGCGCAACGAAAGGUCACAGGACUUAGCGCAAAAUGCACAAAAAGGACGGUCAAACGAGAUGGCGCAAAUGCAACAGGGUGGCGCAGUUGAAAGGUCACGGGACUUAUCGGAGGCACUGCAAAAGGAUGCCAAUGACAAGUCACCAGCCCGAACAGACGGAAUGUCUUCACAAAUCGAUCCGACGAAAACGAACAAUGAAGUGUCUGCAAAGGUGAUUGAAUGGAUGACCGAAAAGGGAUAUAAUAUGGUCACAUAUGAAAGGUCACCAGAGGAGAUGAGAGAUGGUGAAGAAGACGAAUUGAACCGAGCUGACCAAAUAACAAAUGAAGUCAUUGAGAAGCUGAGAGAUAAACGAAAUGAAAACCGUAAAGAGGAAUUGAUCCAUCAGACGAUAAAUGAAGUGACUAAAGGUCACAUGGAUAGCACAAAAGCAAAUGAGCAAGUGCAGAAUGUGGAAAAGGUCACCGGUGAUAAAAUGGCUACAGAGAAGCGAACAAAUAAAGAAAAGCCGCGAAAAUAUUACGAUGUUCGGACUAACGUUCCACACAGGAUUGAUAAGCUGAGCGAAAUACUGAAAGGUCAUAGCACUCCAGCAAAAGGACAAGUGCUUUCCGAUAUGGAUCCGGGACCAGUAUCGCUCAUCCCUGUGAAAUGUAAGAUUCACACGUUGAAAAUUCAAAAUGGAAAACUGCCCAAGAGAAUUGAAGCAUAUACACACGAAGUGAAAGUGGGAGACAUAAAGGUCAACGCAAUGUUGGACACCGGCGCUGAGACGUCGCUGAUCAGCAAACCGUUUUGCGAGAAGAAUGGACUUCAUAUGCUUCCGUUGCCACCAGACAGACUGGUAAAGAUAAACGGAAUUAGCGGAACGUCGGGAUUCCUGGUGACGCACUACUGUGUAGCACCGGUGACCUUAAGAAAGAAGACAAGCGAACAUUCAUUCUACGUCCGACCGAAAUGUGAUGACGUACAAGUCCUAUUGGGAUUUGAUUUCUUGGAAAAGAAAUUUGUACUGAUGGAUAAUGAAGGUGAAGAAGAAAAAGAAGAUGACCCAAAACCAGUUGCCAAAGUGCAAGUCGGAAAGGUCACCGAACUUGCAAAACAGGAAAAGGCUCAAACUGUUAAUAAAGCGCUAAUCCCAGUACCAGAGGCACCGGGAAACGAAAAGAAAAAGAUGACGCGAAAAGAAUUGUCACCAUUUGAGCAGUUGCAAGUAAUCCAGCAGGAGAUCGAAAAGACAUUAAAUCGGACCUUGCUGACACAGAAGGGAAGAGAAAAGGUCAUCCCAGUACCAGAGGCACCAGGAAUGACAAAAGUGCAGCAGGAAGAAAUUAUCCCAGUACCAGAGGCACUGGAAACGAAAUGAAAAUGGAAAAGUCGG